AUGGUCCUCUAUAACUCAAAGGGUACCUUUGUUUGGCAAAGCUUUAACCACCCUACUGACACUUUGUUGGUGGGUCAAUCUCUCCGGGUUGGGGCAGUAACCAAUUUUGUGAGUUGGGCCUCCGAGAAAGAAAACAAAGAUGGGCCUUACAGCUUGGUCAUGGAGCCCAACGGGUUGGCUUUGUACUAUACUAUAAGAGCAACAAACUCCCCAAAACCACUACGCAUCACUCUUCCGAAGGGAUCAUUGGAGCAUGUAACGAUACAUAGUGCCCCAGAUGAGGGUUCUGGUUAUGACUUGACCUUAAAUUAUCAAGCGGCCAACCCUUCCUCCAUUGGAACUAUCUAUCUAGCUAAGACCAAAUACAAUAGCACAUCAACGUUCCUUAGGCUUGGAAUUGAUGGAAAUGUCAAGCUUUACACUUACAAUGACAAGAUUGAUUUUGGGGCAUGGGAAGUGACCUUCAGUUUUUUCGACAGAGACAAUUCAAUCUGGUGGGAAAAUGAGUGCCAAUUGCCAGAGCGAUGUGGGAAGUUUGGGCUUUUGUGA